AUGUUUGAAAGGGAUACUAUUCUUAGCCCGAUAGAUAGUUCUAGCGGGGCGCGAAGUCUGUUGACCCCUGGGAAAAUGAUGAGCCCACGGAUGAGAUCAAGCUUAGUGCUCGAUGAUACUCCCUUUCUGAUAAGAUCUCAUAUGUUGAGUUCCGGAGACUUGAGCAGUGGUAGUAGAUCUGAAGGUCUUACAGAUUCGGAAAACGAAAGUGAUACGGGUAGUAGACGAGUAGGUAGCGAGGAUACUACUAGCUUAGAGCCUCCAAAGCUUGACUGUACGCUAACACCGUGGAGACAAAAGUAUUCGCCCGAUUCGCAUAGCGCAAUGAUGAAGUACUCCUCAGUGCUGUCCCCAAUUAGGCCACUUAGUCCCCUAUUUCAGGUGGAUAACGAAGCGAUGGGAUCUGGGAGUGCUGCAGCAUCCGCUGGUGCGGAGAUCGAGCAUCUAAGAAGGCAGCUUACGACUUAUAAGAUUAAGGUUAAGACACUUGCGGAGCUCCUAAAACAGUCAAACUAUGAAUAUGUGGAAUAUGAUGUUAAGUCUAGUGAAUCCACGGGACAGCUUUCCGACAAGUUGCACGAAGCGAUGAAGGAUACUAAUGAGCAUGGCAAUUUGGAGCAUAUGAAAACCAAGAAUAUGGAACUUCAGGCUAACUUGAACAAUAAGAAUAAAGAACUGAUCGAUUUAAAACAAGAAUUAUUAUCAAACAAGCAGGACUAUGAAAACAUGCUAGAAGAAGUGAACACUUAUAUGGAACAUACGGAAUCGGUUUCCGAGAACAUUAACAAUAUGUUGGAUCUUUUGUUAGAAAAUUUAGAAUUGGACGAGGAAGAAAAAGAUGCCUUGUCUAAGGCGUGUGGUUUGGGAUCAAACUAUUUGGACCUAAAAAUUAAGGCAUUAUCGAAGACGUUGUCUACUUUGGUCCAUAUUUACAAGGAAAACCUGAAAGCUAGCUCAAGCAAUGAUAGUGACGUUGACUCUCAUAGUACUAUCAAUAUUGAGGAAGAUCACCAAAAUAAUAAGGGUGAAGUCAUCACAGAUGAGUUGAACAAGGAGGAUAAUGAAGAAUGCGGGGAUAAGGCAAAUGAGGCCAGUACUCCUGAACAGAAACCAACGGUUGGUAUAGAUGUUGGUAUUGAUAUGAAUAAUGAGGUGUAUCUUGAUAAUGAGGUGUAUCAGGAAGACCAGGAUAAGGGGGCAUUAAAUAUUGAAGAUCAAAAAUUUGUACCAAUAAUGGACCCUGAAAAUAGCGAUGUAUUAUCGGACAGCCCACAAGAAAUGGAUACACAGCUGGAAAUAGCCAUUGAAGGUAUGCAUAAGGAAUAUCAAACGUUUCUGCAGUCAAUGCAAGGUAAACUUGCUGAAAAUGAUGGAUUGGCAGAACAAAUUAACACCAAACUUUUAAAACAGCGAACACUGCUGAAAAAGCUAGAAGAUAAAAUAUCAACACAAGAGUCUGCUAAUACCUCUACAGUUAGUAGAAGCGAAUCAGGCUUGUCUACCAUUGAUGAUAUGACUUCAAGGGCUAGUCGUGAGCUUUCGAAGUCAUACCAGGAUCACAUCGAGGCAUUAACUAGCAUGUUGAAUAGAUAUAAAACAGAACUGCAUGACAAGGAUGUAGAAAUCGAUGAGUUGAGAUUGCGUCUAAAAAGCGAACAGAAUAACCUAACAGUAGAAGACAUAAAGCGGCUUUCCAUAGAUGAAACUUCGAGGUUUAAGCAGAUAAUUAGGGAAUUGGAAGACAAAAUAUAUGAGCUAAAGAACGACUUGCGAACCUGUGCAAGUGAUAAGGAGGAUUUGGCCAAGCAAAUUGAGCAAGUACAAAACGACCUAAAUGAGAAAUUAGCUGAUAAGGAUAAGGAAUUGGAUGAUAUCCAGGCUUCUUUGAAGCUAUCCAUAAGAAAGUCCUCACUGUAUAUGGAAGAAAAACAUAAAUUACUACAAAAACUUCGCUCACUCGAAGAACAGCAUAAUAUCCUUGUAAAUGAGAAUAUUUCAUGCAAGCAGAAGAUUUCAAAUGUUAACAACGCGAGCUCUGUUGACGAGUAUUGCCGGGCAUUUAAAAUGCUAAAAUCGCAGCUCCUAGCUCAUCUGAGAAGGAUGUUUAAGAUAUUCGAAAAUAUCUUACAACAAGAUUCUAUCGGUCAAGCAUUAAGAAAGCUAGAGACCGUCGAAAACAUCGACUCGCUGUUUAAUAGCAAGAAGAUUAUGAUGAAGUUUGAAUCCAUAUAUUUGUUUAUUGAGAAUGCUACAGAAUCAAUAGUGGAUGAACACAUUAAACUCCUGUUAAGAGAGAAGGACAAAAGAAUGAAACGCAGGCCUCAGUUAUCACAAUCUCCGGACAGUGCCGAUGGUUUCGAUAAACAUGCGAAGUUAAGGAUCGAUGAACUAACGAGAAAGUGGUCAGCUGAAAGAGAGCGCAGAAAACUAGAAUCUGACGCUGCCAUCGACAGGAUACGUUUCCUUGAACAGGAAAAUACUCAACUCCGCGAGAAGAUACGAAACUCGGGAGAACAUAGACGAUGA